CACGGUGACACACAGCGCUCCUCCGUCACGGGGGGAGGGGGAAAAAAACAUGGCGGCGCGCUACAUGCUAACCCGCGGCGCGCUAAACACGUUUGGUUUGCACCGCCAGCUCGUUCCCAGGAGCCCCGCGACAACGCAGGUCAGGGAGAAGAAGCGAUGGAUGAAAGCCUACACGCACCUCAUGGCGAAGAAGCUAAAGCUGGAAGGCCCCCCGCCGCCCAAGCCACGGUGGCAGCAGCCUAACUGGGAUUACCACUCCGAGGUCCAGGCUUUCAGUGCCCGUCUCCACGAGAACUUCUCCCUGGAGCUGCUCAAAACGGCCUUCGUCAAUCCCUGUUACCUGCAGGCGGAGCAGCGGAGGAGGCAGCGGCUGGGCCUGGACUCGGAGACCACGGCCCUGCUCCUGGAGGAUAAUCUCCAGCUGAGCGAGAAGGGAGCCGGCCUGACCCAGAGCUUCCUGACCGACUGGUGCAGGGCCAGCUUCCCCGGCCUGCCGCACGACGGGGUGAGCUGCGUCGUGGGGCACCUCACCGGUCCGUCCGUCGUGUGUUACGUGGCCAGAAAUCUCGGCGUGGAGGACCUCGCCAUGAGCGCAGAGUUCCCCGUCCCGGACGAGACGCUGAGAUCCACGUUCAUGGCGGUGGUCGGAGCCCUGGAGGGAAGCAGCGGCGCCGAACGAGCUGCGUUCUUCCUCAGGGAUUUCCUGUCGACUCAGCUGAUAGGAAAGGACCUGUUCGACAUGUGGCCCGUGGUGGAUCCAAUGGGCCUGCUGGUGGAGGAGCUGACCAAGAGGAGCCUUCCUCCGCCGGAGCCUCGUCUCAUCCGGUCUGCUGGGGCCAGCACCGUCCUGCCGCUCUACUUUGUCGGCCUGUACAGCGACGGGAAGCUCUUGGCUCAGGGUCCGGGAGAGACGCUCGUCGGGGCCGAGGAGGAAGCGGCGCGCGUGGCUCUGCGCAAACUCUACGGCUACACCGAAAACCGCAGGCCUUUCGACUUCUCUCCGCAACAGCAGCAUCAGCCGACGUUGCUUCAGUCAGUCGGUGGCAACUGACAAGCAAAAAAAAAGCAAAAUCGGAGUAAAUCUUUCAGGGGAAAGUUGCUGCCAUAUAGACUUUCAACGGCUCCUGAUUAAACCCGAGUCCUGUAGUUCGCUUCUCAGGAUUUACUGUAUUUGGGUUUCAAACGUGGCCGCCACAGACAAAUCCGGAACACCGAAGGCCAUCUGCUGUACAUGCAGAGUGCAGCGGUGCUGUGAGGAUAGUCCGGUGCGUGAAUUAGGCCUCGUGUUUGGGUUUCCUGUAAAUAUUGCAGCUGGUUUGUGGUGUAAUGUUUAUUCUGUUAUAUAACUCCCAUGUAAUAAAUUUUACGUACGUGUA